AUGGGCAAGCAGACUAAGGGAACCAAGAAGUUCUUGCGAACGCAGCUUGACAGUACCAUCAAGCGCCGUCGCGAGCACCAGAAGAAGCGCAAGGUCAUCGAGCGCUCGGCGGCUCAGAAAAAGCAGAAGCAGCUGCGCAACACUGGCAAGAAGGGCAAGGCGGUGCAAGAUGUCGAAGCGCCAGAAGAUUUGGCAGAGUACGACGACGAGGCUGUAGCGGAUAAGAUGGAGACGAGCGGCGGCAAAUUCAAGGGGAUGAGCGUGGACGAUUUCCUCGGCGGUGGGUUCAAGAGCGCAGGCGCGGAAGACGCAGAGGAUGACGAAGACGAUGAUGAGGAUGACAGCGAGGACGAGGAUGCAGACGAUCUCGAAGACGUCGAGGGCAUGUCGGAUGACGAUGAGGACGUAGGCAUGCAUGCACAGGAUCUCGAGAAGCUCAAGGAGAAGGACCCCGAGUUCUACGCCUACUUGCAAGAGAAUGACAAGGAGCUCCUCAAAUUCGGUCAGGAAUCCGACGACGAGGACGAGAGCGAGGACGAGAGGCCAAGCAAGGCAAAAGCUUCUUCGUUAAAAGCAGCCGAGGUCGAGAGCGGCCCGCAACGAGUGACACUCAAGAUGCUGGCCGGCUGGCAAAAGUCGAUGCUGGCCCACCGCUCGCUCAAGGCGCUCCGUCGCCUCCUCAUCGCCUUCCGCUGCGCCGUCAAGCCCGAAGAGGAGGACAAACGACUCGAAGGCGCAUCGUUCAUCAUCGAGGAAGCGCGCGUCUUCAACAAGCUCGUGCUCACCGCGCUCAAAUACACGCCCGUCGUCCUCCAGCACCACGUGCCCAUCACCGAGGACAAGCGGGGCAACGUCAAGAUCCCGUCGACCAACAAAAAGUGGAACUUGAUCAAGAAGCCCAUCCAGUCGUACUUCAGCAACCUCUUCCAGCUGACCGAGACGCUGACCGAGCCGCGUAUGCUCGAAAUCGUGGUGCGCGAGAGCACGCGCAUGGUGCCGUACGCGCUGUGUAUCCCCAAGACGACGCGCGAGUUCAUCAAGGUGGCGCUCAACCUGUGGUCGAGUCAGGUGUCGGAGGACGACGUGCGGAUGUCGGCGUUCCUGACGCUGAGGCGGUUGGGCAUGUCCGGUGGCUCGACGUCGUUGGAGAACGUACUGCGCGGCGUCUACUCGUCGUACAUCCAGUCGAGUCGGUCGGUGAGCAUCCACACGCAGCCCAUGCUCAACCUCAUGAAGAACACGGCGGUGGAGCUGUACCUCGUCGACGGCGACGUGGCGUACACCCAGGCAUUCGGCUUCAUCCGUCAGCUGGCGAUCCACCUGCGCAACUGCGUCAAGACCAAGAGCAAGGACACGUUCAAAGCGGUGCUCAAUUGGCAAUUCGUCAGUGCGAUCGACUUUUGGUCGUUGCUGCUGUCGCGGGCGUGCGAUGUGGAGUCGGAGCGUCAGGCAGGGUUCGAGUCGCCUCUGGAACCGCUCGUCUAUCCCUUGGUGCAGGUGGCGACGGGUGUCGUUGGGCUCGUCCCAAACUCCCGCUACUUCCCGUAUCGUCUGCAUCUGCUUCAGUCGAUGAUGCGCAUCGUCACGCGAACGGGCACGUACAUCCCACUGGCGCCGUCGAUCCUGUCGGUGUUUGAGUCGCCCGAGUUCCAACGCAAGCUCAAGGGCAGCACCGCGGCACCCAUCGAUUUCAGCACCACCCUCCGCGCACCGACACAGCUCGUCCGCACCCGGCCCUACUCGAACCAGCUGUUGGGCGAAUACUCGUUCCUGCUGCUCGAGUUCCUCGCGUCGCAAUCGCGAUCCAUCGCUUUCCCGGAAUUGGUGCUGCCACUGCAGAUCCAGCUCAAGCGGCUCUCGAAGAGCACGACGAACAACAAGUUCCAGGCAGAGGCAAAGCAGCUGUUGGACAAGUCGCAUCAGACCGCACUGUGGGUCACCAAGCAGAGAGACGCGAUCGACUUCACGCCCAAGGACCUGGGGAAGGUGAGGGACUGGGAGAUGGACGCCAAGGAGAACCCGCUCGAGGGCAUGUUGAGGCUGGCCAAGAAGGUGAGGGCGAAGCAGGAGGCAUUGAUCAAGGCACAGGCGCAGGUGGUCCGCGAUGAUGAUGACGACGACGAGGAUGAGGAUGAUGAGGAUGAGGAAGAAGAUGAAGAGGAGGACGAGGAUGAGAUGGAGGUGGAGGACGAGGACGACGAGUAA